UUCAAAGAAAGAAACAACAUAACCGACACAGAGUAAUCUGGUUGGAACAAGAACAACAUCAUGAGUUUUCUCGCGGGAAGAUUAGCAGGCAAAGAAGCUGCUUAUUUUUUCCAGGAAUCCAAACAAGCUGUCGGGAAAUUAUCCCAAAAGAAUCCUCAUCCCAAUCCCACCACCACCGCCGCCACCACCGUCGCCACCACCGUCGCCGAUGCGGAGGCUGCCGCCGAUGUGCUUCCUGAGGUUCUGAGGCACUCCCUUCCUUCCAAAGUGCUCAGAAACGACACCGCAACCUCUUCAUCUUUCUUAGCUUCCAAAUGGGUCCUUCCUUCUGACCCCAAAAUCCAAUCUUCCCUCUCCCCUGAUGCUAUCAACCCUCUCCGUUCUUACCUUUCACUUCCCCAGGUCACGUUUGGCCCCAAAAGGUGGGAACUGCCUCAAGCAACAGGUACAGUUUCAGCUUCAACAGCUAAUGACUUGCGUCAAGAUAGGUAUAGUGUUCAGGCUAACCCGGAGAAGUUAAAAGCUGCAGCUGAAGGGCUUGCUCAUGUUGGAAAGGCAUUUGCUGCUGCAACUGCAAUUAUAUUUGGUAGUGCUGCACUGGUAUUUGGUUUGGCGGCCUCUAAGUUAGAGUUGCAUAAUAUCAGUGACCUGAAAACUAAGGGGAAAGACUUUGUUGAGCCACAGCUUGGAAAUAUCGAAAAGCAAUUUAUUCCCUUGAAAAUAUGGGCUGAGAAUAUGUCAAGAAAAUGGCAUUUGGAAAGGGACGAUGUUAAGCAGAAGACAGUAGUAAAGGAGCUAUCUAAAAUUUGGGGUCCUAAAACAUCAGAUUGAUAUUUAAACUUUUGUUUGUUUUCCUUUUCAAUUUGCUUCAAAAAUAGUGACUUAGGCGAUUGGUAAAUAAUUUGGAUGAAGUGUGUCCCUGGCUGUUAUAGUGGUUGUAGAUGUGAAAGCUUGCUGGAGAGUAAAAGUAGUGCAAUCAAUAAUUAAGUUGAUAGUAAAUGGAACAAUAUUGUUGUUUUGGUUAA